AUGAUAUACCAUGAACCCGAGUUCUGGAAAUUCGGUGAAGAAGGAAAUAGAUACUUCCGACACGCAACUGGUCAGAUUUAUGCUAUAUCUAAGGAUUUGGCUAACUACAUCUCAAUUAAUCAGCCCAUAUUGCAUAAGUUUGCGAACGAAGAUGUGUCGCUUGGUGCUUGGUUUAUUGGUCUAGAAGUCGAGCACAUAGAUGAACGCAGUAUGUGUUGUGGCACUCCACCAGAUUGUGAAUGGAAAGCACAAGCAGGUAACGUUUGUAUUGCCUCCUUCGACUGGAGCUGCAGUGGAAUUUGCAAGUCAGUCGAAAAGAUUAAAUUUGUACACAAACAAUGUGGUGAAGGAGAAGAGGCUCUUUGGAAUGCUUUACUGUAGAUUCAUAUGAAAGGGGGAAAAAAUCUUCGAUUAACAAAAAAUUAAAAACUAAUACUCCCCCGGUUUCAACUAUCAGGUAAUACAGAAUGAUACAUACGGUUUUCAAGAUUUGCGGUCGACAUGUGACAUUGUAGGUAUAGACAUAAUUAUGAUUUUGAGGCAAUGAGUGUUCGACUCUAGACGGCUGAGAUGGGAUGGCUUGAUAUGUAUUCUUGUUAGAAGGCUAAUUAUUGAUGAUUAGUUCUUCGAUAUUCGAACGAUGUUCUAUUUUGUGCGUGUGUGUGUGUGUUUUUUGUUUUUUUUUCAUGCACAAAGAAUUACUGAACAAGAAAACGCCCAGCUGUGUAAAUAAAAGGUCUCCCUUUGCAAAAUUAUU